UCCACUUGUUUUGAACAUAUGGAGGUUAAGACGACGGCGCUCAGUUGGCGCAGUGUCACGCCACACGUCGAGUCGUCCACUGUGCACUGGUCAGUAGUCGUUACGACACCGCAGCGUAAACAAAUGAAAGAUCGCGUCGACUCGUUCGAUUACAGUUAGAGUGAUUCUCCUGACUAGUGAAAAUUUAUAUAAAUUGCUUAAAGCAAUUGAAUGUUCAGUGAGUUUUUGUUACAUUGAAUUCACAAGUGAAAAUAUUACAUAUCACAAUAAGCGAUUGAGUGUUGUGCUAGCUUGUAUAACGACAUGAACUGUUUGAAGAAAUUGAAAAUCAUGCGAGAAGGGGUUAAUUGGAAGAUUAAAAAAGAUCGAGUCGAAUUUCUCCGACAGCUUUAUCCGUUAGUCGGAGAUUGGAAGGGCAAACUGCCAAAUCUUCGGAAUAUUUUUCGAGGCACAGAAGUGGAUUGGCUUCUCGUCGAGAGUGUGAAAAGCUUGAACAGACUCAAUGCAGCUCUAGUUGAUCAAUUUAUCGGAUUUGUGGUCAGAACCGGCUACAAGGACGAGCAUCAAGUCGAUGCAGCCGGCGAUUCAUCGUCGCGUCGUACCACUGCGAUUCACGGGGCAGCUAAAAUAAAUCGCAGUUCGAUCAUUCCGGAUCUGUUUAAAAUAUACAACAGAUUCGACGUGAAUUACACCGACAAAUCUGGAAUGUCGCAUUUUCACUUGGCCUGCCAGUACGACUGCGUCGACGUCGUUGAGAAAUUUCUCGAGCUCGGUCAAGAUCCGAAUCUGGUCGUGCCCAAAACAGCUGACUCGUCUCUUCACUUGGCCCUUCGACACAAACACAAAAAAGUAGUCGAAUUACUGUUGAUUAAUGGAGCCGAUCCAAAUCUAUCUAACCAAGACGGACUGACAGCUCUGCAUAUCGUGAGCCAAGAAAAACUCGAUGUUGACUUUGCUGAGAUGAUAUUCGAGCUCAGCAACGAAAAAUAUCAUCCGGUGCAAAUUGACGUCCAGGAAAAAUGGGGUGAUACGCCAUUGCACUUGGCUGUGAGAGACAACAAGAAGGUAGUCGAAUUGCUGCUAAGAAGAGGCGCAAAUUUGAAUUUAGUCAAUAAGAGCGGAUCGACUUCUUUGCAUAUCAUUUGUAAGAGUCACAACCACGAUGAUGUCGCAACGUUGGAAUUAUUCUUCAGCAUUAAUGAAGAAGUCAAUGAGUCGGUGCAAAUCGACGCGCAGGAUAAGAAUGGUAACGCACCACUACAUUUGGCUCUGCGCUUUGGUCUCAAGGAGGUGGCCAAAUUUUUGCUAAGAAGAGGUGCAGACCCGCACCUGGCCAACGAAAAUGGAUCGACGCCUUUACACGCUAUUUGCUCUAGAUACUCCGACGAUGAGUCGACGACUUCAUUGUUUAAUUUAUUUUUUGAAGUCACUAAUGACAUGCACCAAUCGGUCGAUGUCAAUGCCCGGGACAAGUCGGGUAGUACACCAUUGCAUAGCGCUGUUAAUCGCAGCAACAACAAGAUAACAGAGUUACUGCUGAGAAAAGGCGCCAAUCCAAAUAUGGUGGACGAGUAUGGAUCGACUCCUUUACACGCUAUUUGCCAAAGAGAUCAUUAUAACGAUGACGACUUGGCGGAGACGUUUUUCGAGAUCAGCCGUCAACUUGAUCUGUCCGUGCAGAUAGAUGCCUUGGACAAGUCAGAUCGGACACCGCUGCAACAUGCCAUCUCUAGUUUCCUGCCGAAUUCCGUCGAUAUACUCUUGACUAAUGGCGCCGAUCUAUCCAAAUUUGUUUUUCCCACCGAAAGUGACUUCGAUGGUGUAUUCGAAUCAUACUCAGACUUGGGCGAUGAGUACGAUUUCAGAUUGGAGCAAGCGUGUGGCGUUCUGGCGUGCGUCGAGCGCCUGGAAAAACACGGAUACGAGAUGGACCGAGUCGGAGCCCUGACGAUCAUGAAAACUUUCGCCAAACACCACAUGUUGAAUGAUUCAGUGGAUAUCAAUAGACACUUAAGUUAUUACAAAAAGUUCGAAGAGUCGUCGAAAAAUCAGAUGAUAAAUCCGAAAUUGUCGCUCUACGACUUGCUUCAGUUACGACCCGCAGAGGCGACCGAAUCAUUCACCUUGAAGGAAUUGAUGUCUCUAGCAAACUCGGAAGAAUUUGAUAUGUACGAAACCUGUACGGAGUAUCUGUGCGAGAUAAAGUUCAGAAAAUUCUGCCGUCGUUGGACGUUGGAAUUUUUCUUGUCGCUGAUGCGCUAUCAGCUGCCGAUUCUGUGCUGCGACAUGAUCGUCGAUCUGCUGACGAAGGAGGAUUGGUUGAAAAUAUGUCUGGCGGCGGAUAUCGAUGGGAAGGAAUAGAGCUCCAGUGUAUGAUGCCGCCGUUAGCAAAGGUAAGGGUAUCGAGGAUUUUUUUUCACUUGCAUCAUCAAUAAUAUUCAAAGGGCAAUUGGUACUCAGGAUAAAAAAAAGUGUCCAACGCUCAGACAAGGAUUUAAUUUCAAAGAAAGUGUUUGAAACGUUUUUGGACCCAAAGAAAGAUGAUGAUGAUUCUACAUUCCAAUUUAUGGGAAAUCAAGUACAAUUCAGAAUUUUGGAGGAAAAUAAAUUGAACGAAACUGAAAUUUAAGCACAAAUUUGUACUUAGAUAUCUAUAUAAAUUUUUAUAUACAUUUAUAAUAAGUUUGAGACAUUUAUAUAAAAAAUGCAUCAAGAUAAAGAUGAAUUUGAAACAGUUGAGUCAUCAAAUUAUGUAAAGAAUAGCUUCAAUGCCCUUAUGAGCAAAUCGAAUGUGCAGAGUCAAAAUACGAUGACAUGCAAAAUUUGAUUCGAUGAUUGUUGUCACGAUACACGUUACAUUUCUAAUUGUACUUUUGCGAUUGGCGAUUUUAUAAAUUUCAUGGUAUGUCAGUGUCAACUACAA